CGGGUGGACUGGCCGAGGCGCAGAAGCGGGAUCGGGGUCACAACUCCGACCGCACCGAGAAUCAUCAGACGCCACCGAUCCCGCAGCCGCGCAAAGUCGGGAAGCGUGAAGACUCAAGUCCUGAGGUGGGCGGGGACGCCUCUCCAAAAGCCUAGCUACCUCGCGGUUUACUGAGGCUCCAGAGUCCCGCUACUCUGCGUCUGGUUGGCAAGGCAACAAAGCAACGGUUCUGGGUUCGCGCUCGGACGCCGCGGGGUUUGGACUUUGCCAAUCCAGCCACAAAUCCCGAACAUCUUCCUGCCUGAGAGGCGGGCCAAAAAUUAUAAACCAAUCAGAAUGUAUAAAUGGAAGGCGUUUACUCUAGGAACCAAUAGAAGGGCUGGAGGGCAGGACCGAGGGCGCCGGUUGGUUCUUGUUGUUUAAACCUCGGCGGCCUCUGAGCUGGGAGGACAGUACGCCUGCGCAAGCUGCGGAACGCUAACGGGCACUUGCGGGGCCGCAGGAGCCGGUGGCGAUCGUUUCUGCUUGGGGAAACAAGGUGGUGCGAUAGAAGCUAGUCUCAUUGAAGACAUCUGUCGAUGAUUGUGCUUUAUGUUGGAAGUAGAACCUGGAGUCAAGAUUUUCCCACUUUAAGCAAUUUUGAUGGCAGAAAGAAGAAGGUCCUACAGUGUAGGGGAAGCCAUGGAGGAACUCAUGGGACCUAGUGGACAAAAAUGGGCCAAUAUGGAUCCAGAAGAACGAAUGUUAGCAGCUGCGACAGCCUUCACCCACAUCUGUGCAGGGCAGGGUGAGGGCGAUGCCAGGAGAGAGGCCCAGUCUACCCAGUAUGAUCCCUACAGCAAAGCCUCAGUAACCCCAGGAAGGCGACCCACUCUUCCUGUGCACCUGCAGUACCCACAUGCAAGAAGUAACGUCACGGCAGAAACAGCCUCGGAGGCCUCCCAAAGAGUCCGGAAGCCGGUGAUGAAGAGAAAGGUGCUGCGUAGGAAGCCGGAUGGGGAAGUAUUAGUGACAGAUGAGUCAAUUAUCAGUGAAUCAGAGACUGGUACAGAAAAUGACAUGGAUCUCUGGGACUUAAGACAAAGGUUGAUGAACCUGCAGUUCCAGAAAGACAGGGAAUCCCCUGUUGAUGUUCCAGAAAAAUUUAAUCUACCACAUGAAUACCAAGGAAUUUCUCAAGAUCAGCUCACUUGCUAUCUGCGAAGAGAAGAGAUGGGUCCUCCAGCUUAUGAACAAGACCUGAUUGUUGCCAGCCGACCCAAGUCCUUUAUUCUCCCAAGGCUGGAUCAGUUAAGCCGAAACCGGGGCAAGGUCGACCGGGUGGCCCGCUAUUUUGAGUACAAACGAGACUGGGACUCGAUACGGUUACCUGGUGAGGACCACAGGAAGGAAUUACGCUGGGGCGUCCGAGAACAGAUGCUUUGUCAGAGAGCCGAACCCCAACCCAAGCCUCAGCACAUAUACGUUCCAAACAACUAUCUCGUACCUACUGAGAAGAAAAGGUCUGCCCUUCGCUGGGGUAUUCGGUGUGACCUUGCAAACGGUGUCAUGCCCAGGAAGCUUCCCUCUCCCCUUUCUCCUUCUUAAGGCUUUUUUAAAACCUGUGUCUCCGUUCACAUGAUGAUAUAACCUGGUACUCUACAUCUUUCCUUUUAUUUAAGUAGAAACAAUUAAUGUGGAAGCCCAAGCGGAGUCAUGGCAGAGGAAGAAAAAUAGACCUGCUCUUUCUACCUGACAGACGAGUGAGCAAAAUCAGCGAGCACUGUUUCUGUCCUGUACUCUUUUUACCUUUGGCCAAGGCGAGUUGCUGUUUUUAUUAGUGUGUUUUUAAAGUUGCUGGGCAUUAAGCUUAUCCAUUAAAGAAUUUUGCACAUU